AUCUCGUGGUUGUUUUUUCUCUCUGUUCCAGACGUUACCUUCUUCAUCACCUCUACCUCUUUUUUCUUCAUCUGAUGGGGCCCUCUUGACUUUGCUUCCACACACGUAUACAUAUAUGCCACUCUUUAGCAACCACUCUCGGCUUCUUUGGGCCGUAACGGAUAAGCCAAGGCAAGGCCCUAACCGUAGUUCCUCGUCUUGCUGAAGCGAGAGAGCGAAACGAUCAUGACGAAGAUGGUUUUAAAGAAACAUGCCGAAAUGACUUCAGUACGUUUUUAGUAGUUGGAGAGUAAAGUUUUUUUCAUAAUGAGAGUAAGUCCAAUUGUAUUCUCAGCUGCUGUUGAAUUGGCAUGCGUUGGUGGUAGAAUGGCACAAAAUGAUAUAAUAAAAUCAUCAAAUUAUUCAUUUGAAGAAAUAAUGAUUGCUGCAGCAGUUGCUGGUGUAUCAACUGGUACAACAACAACAAAAACAAAUUUACAAAAAAAUAUAUGGAAAACACAACGUAAAACUGAGCUAUCAACUGAAUUUUUUUUAAUUCCUGAUAUUAAUUAUUCAAAUAAUGAUAAUAAUAGUAUAUCAAGUGUUGCAAGUGUUAUAAGUGUACCAGCACCAAAUAGAACUAUAUCAAUUGGUCAUAAUAUAAAAAAUGGUAUAUUAAAUAGUGAUGGAACAAAACUUAUGCCUGGUGUACGUCUUCAUGGUGGUAUUUAUGGUGGUAUAUUACGACAAAAAAAUUGGGCAAUGCCUUUAGCUGCAUUGAGUGCUGCUGCUAUGUUAUUGAUGGCAGCAUUUGAAAUAUUUGUUCUUUUAAAAGCAAGAGCAGCAGCACCAAAUAGAAGACAUCUAUUUUUAGGUCAAGCCCUUUUAUUGGGACUAUUUAUGCUUGCUGGAUUAUCAGCAUCAGUAUCACUUGUUCCAAAUCCAGUAUCUUGUGCAGCAUUUAGACUUGUUGGUUUACCAGCUGCCCUCAUAUUUGCCGCUCUACUCGUCAAAUGUGUAUUUUUGCUUUCUCUCAAUAGUGGAAUAUAUCUACCAGCACCGUAUCAGGCACUUGUAUUGGUAUUUGCUGUGCUCGUUCAAGCUGCGAUUGUCGGUCAGUGGUUCUACGGUGAAACACCAGACGUUAUUCGACCAUGUCUUAUUGGAGCAAAAUCAGUAUUGCUACAGCACCAUCAUCAGCAAAAUUAUUAUACCUGUUGUAAGACACCAUUAGGACAAACAGUUGCUUCUUUAGGAUACCCAGGAGCUUUAUUGAUUGCAGUGGCGUGUCUUGCAAUUCGAGCAAGAGGUGUACGUGACAAUUACCGAGAAUCAGCAUUUAUUGGUAUUGCUGUUGGUUUAACAGUUCCAAUUUGGUUGACCAGUGCAAUUGGCUCAGCAAUUGCUAUUGAUAAUGAUCGUGAAGCUUGGAUUGCUUAUGGUUUAUUGCUUACAUCAUUUGUUGUUUUUUUAACAAUGUUUACACCAAAAGGACGUCAAUUAGCUGCACUUGGACGUGAAGGACCUGGUGGUAUACCCAGUACUGUUAUGGCUAAUGGUAGAACUGUCGUUAUACGUGAUGAUGAUGAUGACGAUGAUGAUGAUGAAAAUGAUCGUUUGAGUUCUUUACCUGGUAGUGGAUAUUCACCAUCAUUUUAUCAUUUUAAACCAGCUGAAUCUACCUCACUUACCAGAAAAAUGCAUUUUCACAGUACAGAUCGUGUUGCUCUUGUGUCAUCAGGAAUUCCUGGAUGCAGUGCAUGUAGACAAGCAAGUAGUCCAGGAUACACAUCUGAUGAUUUACAAACUCCAGCACCAAUAGAAACUUAUGUUUUGCCACAUGGAAUGUAUAUUGGUGGUACUGAACUUGAUGCUGCAAAUUUAUACACAACACUUUCAGCUGCAAAUCCAAAUGUAUUUUUUCAACGUGCCCAUCCUGGAAUGAUUUAUUAACUAUCAACAUUUUAUAUUAAUUUUAUCAAACUCUAAUCGUAGAAAAUAUAUAGUCAUUUUUUAAAUUUUA